ACCUCAUUCUUAAUGUCACAUAUGGUGCGAAAACAGAUUAAUCAUAAACACGCCAAAGAUAUCCACGGUAAAUCUAAAAUGUAGCGCAGUAAAAAAGACAGUAAAUAGACAAAAUAAAAACAGAAAGUUUAUCCCUAUGAAAAUUCACCAUUGCUUCUUCAUUCCUCCGAUUCUUCCAACCGCCGGUCAAAAAUUUCCCUCCAUUGUCCCCAUCUCGCAUUCUGCAGCAAAGAAACCAUUAAUCUUUGAACCAUUAUCAUCGUACAUGUAAAUGGAGCUAUUCGAGAAAGCGAGGGUGAUCCGGCUCCGAAGCCACCACGACAAGUAUCUGCUCGCCGACGACGAUCAGGAAGGCGUGAGCCAGGAUCGGAACGGGAUGUCGAAGAACGCCAGAUGGACGGUGGAGAUUGUGGAAGGCUACCAGGCCAUCCGGUUACAAAGCUGCUACAGCAAGUACCUGACCGCCUCAUCCACGCCGUUCCUUCUCGGGAUGACCGGGAAAAAAGUGAUUCAGACGACUCCCCCGCGCCUUGAUACCUCCGUCGAGUGGGAGCCCAUUAGAGAAGGCGUUCAAGUUCGCCUAAAAACCCGCCACGGCCAGUACCUUCGCGCAAACGGCGGCGUCCCUCCUUGGAGGAAUCAUGUCACCCACGACAUCCCUCAUAGAACUGCAACCCAGGAUUGGAUUCUGUGGGAUGUUGAUGUGAUGGAGCUCAGACAAAAAUGUCCAGAUCAACGUCCGCCGCAGGGCCCUGGUGGCCGGUCUUUCGAAGCCUCUCUCCAGCCUCCUCCUCCGUCGUUUGGACCCAAACCUUCCCUGUCAAGAAUGGAGUCUGAUGAUACGUUUGUGAUGCCAGCGAAAAAUGAAGGCAGGGUGAUCAAGUACGUAGUGGCAAAUGAGAAAGGACAAGUUGAUAAAGAUGAAGAAGGGAGUACCUUUUCUUUCAAGGGAACUGAGGUGGGGGAACUGAAGGAUAGGUUGGAGGAAGAGACAGGAAUGAGUGACAUCCUCGUAUGUUCUCAAAAUCCUUUGAAUGGGAUGCUCAAUCCUCUCACCUUGCAGUAUCUGCCACCAAAUAACGCAAGUAUGAAUGUUGUUGUAGUUCCCUCGGCUGGAAAAGGUGCAAAGAAUAUUACGCAACCGCCUUCAGAGUAGUAAUGGGCUGGCCAUCUCUUGCAUCGACUGAGGACUGUCUGUUGAGAGAAAACAACGCUUGCGCCAUAGCUCGUGGUCGAUGGAUGACCAGAGUGUAUAUGGAGCCAUGUAGUAGGAGUCUUCAUCCAAUGGUUAACCUAAACACACAAGGUUUCUGUAUCAAUUGUUGACAUUAAACUUCAUGUUAUGUGCAACUAUCUUCGGGCUGUCUGCGAACUUUGCUAACAUCACAAAUGAAGAAGUAUAUAUCAGAGGUUUCCAGCACUUCAGCAACUGUUACUUCCAAGCUAAGAAAUUCAAAGUAGUUUUCUCCUUCAUUCUUCCUAGACUGACGUCUUCCCUUUUGCUGUUUCCUUGUAAGGUAGAGAGUAAAUGGCUUAGCUUCUCACUUGCUAAUAAGUUUAAAGCAGUACUUCCUUUUAUACAUACCUUGUCUAUCCUCCCCUUGUAGAGUUUGUAACACGAAACACAUAUUUCCAGAAUGGCUGGUUACUAACAUGGUAGAAACCUAAGUUUUGAUCAAGUUCCUCUUGUUCCUUUCUUACCCAGCUUGUACUGUCGAUCUGUUUAAAACCCAAGUUGUGGACAGGAAGAAAUACACAUCGGUCAUGUAUCAUCUGGCUGUAAUCUCAUUAACACAUUAGUUUCAAAUAUUGAACAUGCAAGAGUGCAAGCUUGACCAAAUGAUAGAUUGAAGCCAUGUACUUCAAUGCAACAGUUUCAUACUGCAACCUGGCGUUCUCUUGAUCAUUCUUAGCUUGCCACAGAACUCAGGUAGAUAUUCAAUAUAUAAACCCAAGUCAUGCCUUUAUCUCCAUCUGCCUACUUCAGAAGCGCUUUUGCAGCAAGUUCCACAAACUUCCCAUGCUUGUGGAGAUUGACAAUUGCUCUGAUAGAAGCAAUCGUGGGUUUUGACGAUUCUCUGUACUGUUUCAGUUGAUAUCUUCAUAUGGCAUAAAGCAAAACACCAGUAGUAUAUGCUCAUUCUAUUGCUCAAUUCCAUACUCAGUGAUCUUCCUGUUGCAAUCCAGUAUGAGUACAUGCCAUCAGAACUCCACGUGAAAUAAUUGCACGAGGACCAAGUCCAUCUCCCCUCUGCAUAUUCCUCCAGC